CGGCGGCGAGGCUGAGCGAGCGGCGGGCAGGGCGGCUGAGCGGGCGAGGCUGGCAGCGGCGGCGGCGCCCGGGGAUGGCAGCCUCGGUGGGGCCGGGGACCCGCACCAAGACCAAGAAGAAGCACUUCGUGCCGCAGCGUGUGAAGGUGCUGCGGUCAGCCGAUCCUCUGCUGGGCGUGCUGGGCUGGGGGAUCAACCACCAGAUCAAUGAACUGAGUCAAGUUCCCCAGCCAGUGAUGCUGCUCCCUGAUGACUUCAAAGCGAAUUCUAAAAUAAAGGUGAACAAUCAUCUCUUCAACAGAGAAAACCUGCCCAGCCAUUUCAAAUUCAAGGAAUACUGCCCACAGGUCUUCCGCAAUCUUCGCGAACGUUUCAGCAUUGAUGACCAGGAUUAUCAGGUCUCGCUGACGCGCAGUCCGCCCACUUACGAGAUUGAGGGUGGGGGGCGCUUCCUCCUGUCCUACGACAGAACGUUGGUGAUCAAGGAGAUCUCCAGUGAAGAUGUGGCUGACGUGCAUAGCCUUCUGUCUCACUACCACCAGUACAUUGUGAAGUGUCACGGGAGCACCCUCCUGCCUCAGUUCCUGGGUAUGUACCGGCUCAGUGUGGACAACGAGGAGAGCUACAUGCUGGUCAUGAGGAACAUGUUCAGCCACAGGCUCACCGUGCACAGGAAGUACGAUCUGAAGGGCUCCCUGGUAUCCCGUGAAGCUAGUGAUAAAGAGAAGGGCAAGGAGCUACCAACCCUCAAGGACAUUGACUUUCGAAACAUGAACCAGAAAGUGUACGUUGACGAAGAAGCCAAGAGAGAUUUCAUGGAGAAAUUAAAGAGAGAUGUGGAGUUCCUAGUGCAACUAAAGAUUAUGGACUACAGCCUACUGUUGGGGAUCCAUGACGUGCAACGAGCUGAACAGGAAGAAGACGAGGAUGUGAAAGAGGAAGAGGAGGAUGGAGAGGGUGAACCUGGGGGUGUGGCAUCAGUAGGUUCCUAUGGAACUUCUCCUGAGGGUAUUGGCAGCUAUCUCAACUCCCACAAGCCUUUGGGACCUGGCGACUUUGACCCUUACAUUGAUGUCUAUGCCAUAAAAAGUGCUGAAAAUAGCCCCCAGAAGGAGGUUUAUUUCAUGGGCCUGAUUGACAUCCUCACACAGUAUGAUGCCAAGAAGAAGGCUGCCCAUGCAGCUAAGACCGUCAAGCACGGGGCUGGUGCAGAGAUCUCCACGGUGCAUCCAGAACAAUAUGCCAAGCGCUUUCUGGACUUCGUCACGAAUGUAUUUGCUUAGCAGUUGUGCAGUCUGUCUUGUUGGCUGAAGCUUCAGAUCAAAGGCUUUCCUGCCCUCCUCCCCCUACCUGUAGUUCUCCCUCUCUCCCCCACCCCAAUUCUCAGUAAGAGGGAUGGUUCCCCCCCCCUGCUGUUUGGGUCAGCAGGAGAGUUGGGUUGACUUGAGCCCCAUUGUGGCUGGUCUGGGGGAUGGCUGCUGAAUCAAGUGCCUUAUCUUUGACCUUCCGUCGGGAUGAACAACCGUCCAGAGCACUAAAGAGGUCGCUGCUUUUGAAGGCAGCCUAAGCAGGAGAAAGAUGGCUGGCUUCAGAUUCAUCCCAGCAUUGAUAUUCUCUAUCCUCUAAACUGUACAGGGUACAUGCUACAUUGGUGACUCUGGUCAGGGCAGGAUCUAAGCUCACACAUAAGGUUUAAUGGUAUUUUAUUCAGAGACAGAAUAAUAUGCAAUAAGAAUUUAGUCUUGUGCCUUGAAAGAAGGGGGUCAAGUGGAUUCUUCCCCAUUUAUGCAAUCAAUUCCCUUUGAGGGUGACUGAUAGUAUAUAUUAACUUACCCCAUGAUACCCAGUGGUAGUGCCUCUGUGUUUCAAAGUCCUCCUCCUCAUUCUUUACCUCGUCUUUCCCACCCCUUGCUGGAAGGUUGUGCUGUAACCCACCCCUCCUGAGUGGCGUUGGCUCCUUCUAGCACUCUAGUAAAUAGCAGAGGCUCUCAUGAGCAUCCUGUGAGCCUAGCACUCCAGUUCUCACCCCCAGCAGUGCAGCCUCCACUAAACCUUGUUGCCAAAGUUCUGCCCCUUACAACAAGAGCCUCUUCCACGAAGGGCUGCUUUCAGAAGUCCUAUGAUUCUCCCUCAGCCAUCACUCCAAAGGAGGAUUAGAACUGAUUCAGGGUUUGGGAGCUACUUCAGGGCUGCCCGUGGGGAUUUGAGAAUGUCCUCUAGGAGGCUUGCUGUGCCUGCUUUGGCAGAGGGAGAUGGGUGUGUGUAGGGGAGAAGAGACAGAGACUGGCCCUGUGUAAUAUAUUGCAUCCAGCUGUUCCCCUUGCUUCAGUAUGUAGCAGACUGUGUUGAGUAGCUCUGCUCACUAGUAAGGCUGUGACUGUAGUAAGUCCUGGCUUCCCAGCUCCACCCAAAGAUAGCUUGUCCAGUUGAAGCCUCCAGAAAAUGUCAAGGCGAAAGCCUUAUCUGCUCCCUGUUUUAGCAUAGCUUUUGGGGACAGGAUGAUGUGGAAAUGCCAUGCCCAGGAAGGGGGCGUUUUCAGAAGCAUUAUGUGUGUGUGCACGCAAUCUUGUGAAAGGGGCCCUAAAUGUUUCCUUCUGAUCUAACAAACUUAUAUGCUGAGGGAUGUCAAUCUGUCUGUCAGUAGCUGUGUGAUGGGGCUCUCUGAGGAAGCAGUUUAUAUGCCAAGGAGCUGUGAGGUGUCUUAAAGAGAACAUCCCUCUGUAAUAGUGUAUUCAUUAGUUCAGCAGAGCACAGCUGUCAAGGUUGAUCACGGGCCAGUUGCUCUUCCUGGACUGGCGCACCAACUUAACACGCCAUGGCAGCUGUUCUGGUAAGGGGAGAGGCUUAUGGCCGGCUCUGACGGUGGCACAGCCACCCAGCCGGCUGCUUUAGGCCUAGAACUCGGGGUAGUGCUGUGCUCUUCCAUCAGUUCCCUCCCCUCUGCCCCCAAUAUUGUGGUUCUGCUGGGACUUGAUGCCAUUCCUUCAAUGCAAUAAAGCUUGUGCCAUGGAAACAUGCUUGUGCCCUGGGGCUGUUGUACUAUCAGCCCCUUUUCAAUGUUUCUUAUUGUAUAAGACGUUGUGUAUUUCCAGUUCACUCUUGUAUCACAUAGAAAUAAAUUAUUGAACCAGAA